AUGAAGUUCAAUUUUUCUCUCAAGCUGCUCCUUGUAGCUAGCACUGCUUUAGCAGCACCAUCAAUCGAGGAAAGAACUACAGCUGUAUCACGCAACGAUAUCAUUGGACCUAAAAAUUCAUUCAAACCGUUACCGGAGACAUGCAAACGCCACAAGGUGUGCCAUGUCAGGUCUCACGGAGAUGGCAAAGACGAUUCUGAUAAUAUCCUGGAUGCGUUGAGAACAUGCAAUAAUGGCGGGCGAGUCAUCUUUGAUCAGGAGUAUACCAUUGGGAGGGCACUGGAUCUCCAGUUUUUAAAGCAUAUUGAUCUUGACAUAACCGGCACAAUGAAAUUCACCAACGAUACAAACUACUGGAUCAACAACGCCUUCCAAAUCACCUUCCAAAACUCAACCACAUUCUUCAAACUCGGCGGCCAAGACGUGAACAUCUACGGUGGCGGCACAAUCGACGGUAACGGACAAGUCUGGUACGAUCUAUUCACUCAAAAUGCUACGCUCCAAAGGCCGAUCUUGAUGGGUAUCAUCGGACUUGAAGGUGGGAGUAUUGGCCCGCUGAAGCUACGAUAUUCGCCGUCUUGGUAUCAUAUUGUGGCUAAUUCGUCGGGUGUUGUGUUUGAUGGUAUUGAUAUUUCGGGGUAUAGUUCGAGUGGGAAUGUGGCAAAGAAUACGGAUGGGUGGGAUACCUAUCGCUCGGAUAACAUUGUUAUUCAAAACUCCGUUAUCAACAAUGGUGAUGACUGCGUCGCAUUCAAACCAAACAGCACCAACAUCCUGGUCCAGAACCUUCAUUGCAACGGCUCACAUGGAAUCUCAGUUGGUUCCUUGGGACAAUACGCAGGUGAAACAGACAUUGUCGAGAAUGUUCUUGUCUACAACAUCUCCAUGUUCAACGCUUCUGAUGGAGCCCGCAUCAAAGUCUGGCCCGGAAUUGUCUCAGAACUAGAAGCCAGUCUCCAAGGAGGCGGUGGAUCAGGAAGCGUCAAGAACGUCGUUUACGACACCAUGUCUGUGCACAACGUCGACUGGGCAAUUGAACUAACUCAAUGCUACGGUCAGAGUAAUCAGGCUUUGUGUGACGAGUAUCCCAGCAAUUUGACCAUUUCCGAUAUCUGGUUCAAAAAUUUCAGUGGUGUGACAAGUACAAAGGAGAAGAAUAAGAUUGCGACGCUGGUUUGUUCGAGUCCGAAUGUGUGUUCCAAUAUCUUCGCGGAAGAUAUCAAUGUCGUCAGUCCGAGUGGAUAUAACCAAGCAGUAUGCACAAACGUCGAUGACUCAUUACUUCAAUUGAACUGCACUAAAUAA